AUGACGCCGACAUGUGGACGCUGUGCUCGACGAAACAAAGCACAGCAAUGUGUUUAUCAUCCAGCGCCCCUUACGAAGCGGACCGGCCUUCCUACACCAUCAACCGAGAGUAAUCCCAGAAGCCCUCCCAACCUUGUCCAGUCAGUCGAGUGGUCUGCACCUGCGCCCGUUGUCACUCCCUUGACUACGACACCUCAGGUAGAUUACGUAGUAACCUCGCAACCUUCGUACGUGGUCAACUCACAGGCUGUGUUGCCAAGGACAACCCGAGCAACUAGUCUUCCAGCUCAACCUCGGGCAACACUCACCUAUGAGCAACAGAGCAUCGAGGAGCUCCGCCGGCCCCUUCCCGAGGCCCACGUGAGAGGUGACUCGCUGAACAAACUGCCAGCAGCGGGCUUUGUGCACCACACCGCCAUUCUGGACGAAUACGAAUUGAGCAUCGGGAUCCAGCAACCGAAUGCGGAUGAUCCCACUACCUCAACAGUCGUAUCUCCGCUCUAUAUUGAGAGAGGUGCAGCCGUGCUCACACUUCUGAAAGAUCCAACAAUCUUUCAGCGUUACCUUGACAAAUGGUUUUCCUUCGGCAGAGGUAUCGUCCUAGUCGAACCAAUGAUCAAGAUAUUCACCUCCGGCGUAUGGACAGCAUGGGGGAAAACCCUGAAGGAGCAAAACCCAAAAGAACUUAGACGAAUGUCAGAGCGAAUCUGGCACAACACCUUAAAACCAGUAUCACGGUUGCUCAAUAGGCAUACAAGUCCCCGUGAGUUUUGUGCUGCAGUUACGGGCGAGAACCUUCGAUGGGAGAUCGUCGGUAUGUUAAUGACGUUGGUCGCAUUGCUCUGCCAGAGUCUGUCUGAUGCUGACCCAAUCUUCUGUUCGCACAACGCACCUCUCGAGGAUCGAGCUGCCCUUAUACUGAGAACGCACAAUGCGUCGGAGAUCUGCAUUGGUUUCUGUGAAGACUUCGCGAUUGUGAACGACCUCUACUUGUGGUUCUUAUACGAGAAUACCGCACUCUAUUGCUCACUACGCAGCAGGGGGUCUUUCGAAAACUGGAAGAGAUCUGGCAUCCUCGCAACUGCUAUGAUAUUCUUCAACCUCCACCAGGAGAUCAAGGUCGAUGAUAAUACUCCCUUCUUCAUCUCGGAAUUACGGAAACGACUCUUCAUUUGUGCUUAUGAAAAUGAUAAAUACUCGGCAAUAUAUAAUGGACGGCCCCCGCGACUCACUAGAAGCUAUUGCAUGUUGCAAUCUCCGCUUGACCUGACUGACGAGCAACUCAUGUCAGAGGGUCCUCACCUCGAGAUUGCGUUGCAAAGCCUGGAUGACGAAGGCUGGAACUCAGGUGCACGAAUUCAGCGAAGUACCUUUGCGCGUUUGUUCAUGCCAAACUCACUUCUUGCCGAAGAGAUACUGGAGGUUUCGUUAGGUCCACUACCGCACGAGGAGGUUAUUCGGCGGGCUGCUGACAUCGAACGACGAGCAAUCGAACUUCAGGCAAGUUUACCAGAGUUCCUUCGCAUCGAUGACCAGCCUUUCCUUGAGCUGAAACGACAACCGAUUGAGCUGCUCUACAUGGCCUAUAUCCGUUUGGACAGUCUGAAUCAUCACUUUCUCUUGCAACGGACACUCAUCAAGAAGAUAGGUGCCGAUAAUUCCAAGUUGUUGGCUAUCGCUCAGGAAAUGUUCAGUUUCGUUGUGCUCCUCGUGAACAAUAUGCAUAUCCUCCGCGACUUCCAACUCGACAUUAUCCAGCUACUGACUAUGGACGGCAUUCCGUCGGCGUCCAUCAUCGCAAUGGAGCUCCUCCACCAGGAACAAAACCCAACAUCAGCCUCGGCGUUGGCCAAUCCCCUUCCACGGUCAAACACCAUCCAGGAUCUUUCGGUCUUCGUCGCGUGCUUGGGCACUGUCAAGCCUUUUACGAACGGCAGCCAGAGUUGCAGUAGAGGGCGCAAGUUCCUGAAGAAGAUUCUCGACACGAUUUUGGAUCCGGAACCCGUGCGGCCGUCGAGAGACGACUCAAGUGCUCAGGAUCUGGGUGAUCCGAGCCUUACGAGCCCGUUUCUCCAAACAGGCAAUGACGGUGAUUUCAUGAGAUGGCUCGAUGCGAUGGACUUUGAAUGCGAGAGCUGGGUGAACCUCAAUUGA